AUGACGACCAAGAGUACCACCGACUUUGUCGAAUCAACCGAGCCUGUCGGAGCCAAGACCAAGGCGCAGGUCCUCACCGACGUCUUCUCUCUCGCGACCCAGUUCAGCACUUGUGUUGAAGCUUUCAACCUCAUCCAUCCUUCCAAGGACCACGACCAUGCGCAGAAGGUUGCGCUUGCCAAGCUCGGCCUUCAGCAGGGCAGGUUGCUGAUCUUUGGCGAUGCCGUGGGCAUCUCUGCGCCGCCCGCGACCAUUGCUCGACACAUGAUCCCCAGCCAUCCGGGCAUCACGAACCCGGAUCCGCAUCUGCCAGUCAACUUUGGCGUCCGAGACCCGAGGCUUGACGACGAGGUUAUCAAUGCAAAGGUGCGCAGGGCCCUGCAUGAGAUCGCCGGCCGCCCUAGCACUAUGUCGCGCGAUGAACUGAUGAACGUAUACGGCUUGAAGAGUCCAAAGACGUUCUCGCGCCUGGAAUACCCAGCACUCGACACCAACCGACUAGAAGGCUUCCGCGAGAAGUUUGCCCUCCUCAAGGAUCUCCUCGCACAGACGGGCGCGCGGGCGACUCUAAAGCGCAACCUGAGCAUGACCACCUCGCAUUGGACCGUCAAGGACACCACGCGCUUCAGCGAGUACGUCAAGGUUGUCCGCACCGAAGUCGAUGCGCUCAUUGAUCUCAUGGGCGUCAAGGAGCAGGUUGACCGGGGAAUCCGAUCCGAUCUCAAGAGCAUGGGCUGGCACCCUGACCUCACAGGGCCAGCAGUGCGGCAAGACUGGGAGAAGCUGCGUCUGAUCCGGGAAGCCUGCGUCGUCGAUUAUCCAGAGUACAUCGAUGUCAUCGACAAAGCCAUGUCGUACAUCACCGAAGAAGUCAAGGAAUCCAAUCUCGCCCGAAACCGUGCUGUACUGGGUCUUUCAGAAUCCAAUGUGGAUGCAGCAGGCGCGCGCCGCAAGUCAGACUACGAUGUCCGCUCCAUUCCGGCUCCUUCGCCAGCCCACGUCGCCGGACUCAAGCCCUCAAAGCCAGAAGCAAAAUCCCACAUCCAGCUGGCUGCCGAACGUGCCCUGAAUCCAAACGCUGGCAAGGAAAAGCGCCCGGGUUGGCUCUCGGCUUUCAAAUUCAAGUCGUGGUCCAAGAGCAGCAAAACCGCACACGACAAGCAGCGCUCGAACAGCGUUCCACAUACUCCGACCGUUGACCCUCAGCGCUCCCUCUCAGCAGGCGAGGCACCAAAUCGCGCCUCGGAAGACUCCAACGCCCUCCAAGCCGUGCGCUCCAAGUCCCUUAGCGCAAUCCCCAGCGACAACACACCACAGCCUCCGCCUUCAAAUCUAGACUCUCGCGUCCGCAAGCUCAGUCUAGAUCACGGAGACAUGGCGGGUAUCCCGCCCAUCCAGGAGAAUGGCGGCGAAGUGACUAGUUUCCCAGCAAGAAGCGGGCUAGCUGAGUUCGACGACGAUAUGGACAAGAACGCGCUGGUGCAGGUGGACACGGCCAAGAGUGAGGGGAGCAAAGAUGAACUGGAGAAUGUCAAGACCGUGAAUAGUUACAUUGAUCGGCAUGAUAUGUAUCCAGCUAUAGGUCGCAUUGAAACCAAGGAUAUCAGGAAUGUUGCGCAUACGCCGGGUCUCUAA